AUGGCCGCUGACAAGCAGGUUUUAAUCUCUACUGAGGAUUUAACCUGCUCGAUCUGCCUGUCUGUGUUUGUGGAGCCGGUGCAGUUGGAGUGUGAGCACAAUUUCUGCAAAUCCUGCAUCCAGGCGUGUUGGGAAAACCAGGGGGAGGUGGUGUCCUGCCCGGAAUGUCGCGCGGUUUCCAAGCAGAAGAGUUAUAAGAAGGCCAGGGUGUUGGCCAAUCUCUGUGAGAAAGCCCGGCAGCUGGAGCUGAACCCGGGUCUGCAGCAGGAAGGGGGUCCCCGCUGUCUGGAACACGAUGAGAAGCUGAAGCUGUUCUGUCAGGACGACCGGGCUCUGAUCUGUGUCAUUUGUCGAGAUUCCCCCGCACACUCAGGCCACAGCUUCCUGCCUGUCACUGAUGCAGUGAGAAAGUACAAGGUCCAGCUGCAAUCCCCCUUGGAUUCCAUCAAGGAGAGAAAGAACAGGAAAAUUGAAUUGAAGCUUCAAGAGGAGGAGAAGAUUUCAGAACUGGAUGAACUCACACGAUUUCUGGAGCAACACAUCUCUGAACAGUUUGCCAAAAUUCAACAAUAUCUCGAAGACAAAAAGGCGUGCUUAAUUAGAGAACUCCAAAUGCAACGGGAUGAUGCUUUUAAAUUAAUUGACUUAAAUUUGGCAGAAAUUAACAAAGAAUUAAAAUCCCUUGAAGAGGAUGUAUCGAAACUUCAAGCCGUCAUUCACCAGGAAGACAAUAUCACUUUUCUCAAGGAAAUGAAAAGAUUGCCAGAAAGGUGCCUUGGGAGGGAAAAGAGUGAAAGUGAAGAAGAGACAAAUGAUGAUGUUGGUGAAGAUGACAAUAAAAAUGAAGGUGACAGUGAUGAUGAUAAAAAUGAUGAUGCAAGUGAUGAUGACCACGAUGAUGAUGAAAUUAAUGAUGGCACUGAUGACGAUGAAAAUGAGAGAAGUGAUGAAGUAAGUGAUCAUGAAUCAGAUGAAAAUGGUGAAGACGUGAUAGAGUUUAGUGACCUGAUACUGGGAAAGUUCAGGGGACCUUUGCAAUAUGCAAUAUGGAAGGAAAUGAAAGAAAUCCUCUCUCCAGUUCCAGCACCACUGCUUUUUGAUCCAGACACAGCACAUUCUCAGCUGACCGUGUCUGAUGACCAAACUAGCGUAGAACUCGAUGACAUGAAGGUUGUUCAUGAGUCGGAAUAUCUUUCUGUCCUGGGAUCAGAAGGAUUUACAUUUGGGAUACACUACUGGGAGGUGGCAGUGGGAGACAUCUCUGACUGGCUUAUUGGUGUAGCCACUGAGUCAGCCGCUGAAGAGGAAAUGGUGGAUAUUUUCCCCGAACAUGGCUAUUGGACUCUGUUAUUGAGAGAUGGAGAUGAAUAUUAUGCUGAUGAGACUCUGAAAUUGGAUGUGAAACCCAGGAUCAUUGGUAUUUACCUGGACUAUGAGGGAGGACAGGUGUCAUUUUACAAUGCUGAUGAUAUGUCUCAUCUCUUCACUUACACUGACAUAUUCACUGAAAAACUCUUUCCAUGUUUUGCUCUUGUUUGCAAUGAUGAUGUUGAAAACAAUGAGCCUCUUAGGUUGAACCACUUACUAGUAUGAAACAUUAAGCUAUAGAGAUUCAUGAGAAUAGAACAGAAAUGGAGGCCCGGAUUUUCCACUGCAUCAGACAAUCGUUAUUACAGUGAAGAUGGGGUAUGUCAGACCACACAAUUUCCAUCAUAGCAUUCUCUGAAAAUUGCCUUGUAAAUUUUUUGUUUCGCAAUUCCUCUAUGACAUGGAAUCCUCCAGAAGUCUGCAUUUGGCUUUCAGUUGAUCUGAUGAAAUUAAAUAAAGCAAGAACACAGGAAAUGUUAGGCUAUUAGAUAUGUAGUAUAACUCCUGAGUAACUAUGAAAGAGAGCUCAAUUUUCACUAAGGUACUGCAACUGCACAUUCUCUCAGACCUCUUACAACCCCAGACUCAACAUCCUCAAUCCCCUCCCUGCUAGAAUUUGCCCUUCACCAGACCUGACAUUGUCACCCCUCCCCCUGCCAGACCCUCCCCUCCAGCACCCUCAGACUUUUCUCACCUUCCCUCACUGCCCUGGACCUGAACUCCACAAAUCUGGCACCAACCCUGCCCAGCCCCUUCCAAACCUGAUUUCCCCCUCAUCCUGAGCUACCCUUAAGACUGCAUCCCUUACCUUGCACCCUUGCUUCCUAACCACCUGUCAACCCUACCCACGACUGAUCUGAUAUCCUACUCCUGCCAGCUUGCUCUAUGCAAAACUAGUCCCCUACUAACCUGACACCCUACCAGCCAAGCUCUGUAGUUCCUAUUCAUCUGGCAUUCUGCCCCGGCCCUUUACACCAUCCCUAGCUGCUAUCCCAGUUAAAUAGCAUCCUAUCCACUUGGCACCUGGCUUACCUGACAGCCUAUCCCUCCUACUCAUCUGGCUCUGUAUCCUUCCAACACCCUAACAUCAUACUUGCAGUAGCUGACUGCUAUGCCUUCCUCUGACAGUUGUGCCCCUAUGAACUAACAUUGGAAACGAAGCAAGGUUCUGCAUUUCUGACAAAGGCCUCAGCAGAAUCACCUGUUGGAAAUCCAGAGCUUCCUUCUUUCAUUAAGAAAAUAGAUGGGAUGGAGUGCGUUCUGUGUGAGAUUGCAAAUUUCUUGGAAAAUCUAAAUCUUAAUCCUUUUGCUGCAACUCCUAUGAUCCUACAAAUACAGCAGGAACCUAGAACUCCCAGCGUGCCGCAAGUAUGUUCUGUUCAAUGAGAAUAACAAACUGAUAACAGGUGGAAAUGCCAUCUGGACCAACCAACCCAACCACUCCGUGGCUCAACACUUUAACUCUCCCUCUCACUCCACCGAAGACAUGCAGGUCCUUGGACUCCUCCAUCGCCAGAACAUAACAACAUGACGGUUGGAGGAAGAGCGCCUCAUCUUCCGCCUGGGAACCCUCCAACCACAAGGGAUGAACUCAGGUUUCUCCAGUUUCCUCAUUUCCCCUCCCCCCACCUUGUCUCAGUCGAUUCCCUUGAACUCAGCACCGCCCUCCUAACCUGCAAUCCUCUUCCUGACCUCUCCGCCCUCACCCCACUCCGGCCUAUCACCCUCACCUUGACCUCCUUCCACCUAUCACAUCUCCAUCCCCCCUCCCCCAAGUCCCUCCUCCCUACCUUUUAUCUCAGCCUGCCUGGCACCCUCUCCUCAUUCCUGAUGAAGGGCUCUGGCCCGAAACGUCGAAAUACCAUCUGUGUAAAUCAUUUUCAGGAGAGGGUUUGUCAAACAGUCCUGAUGUCUGCCAGCAUUUUACUGUUAUUCAUUUCUUGUAAUAUUCUUGUGAUAGUAAUUUUCAAGCUUUGACUGUUAAGUGAGGACAUGAAAUCAAUUUUGAUUCAGCGACAAUAGAGUUACUGGAUUAAUAUUGAUAUUUUUAAUGAAGAAAGGUUUAGUGAAUAGAUUUCUGUGUAUUUUGAAGAGUUUUAAUUGCUUGUUUGCAAGUUUGUUCAGCAGAGAGAAACACCUCUGAACAACUUUCAGCUUCAGAAGAGGAGAAUGUGAUUUGGAAUUGUACAAGUUAGUGAUUAGAAUUUUCUCUCAGUGAAGUAGGUACAGGCAAUAAAAUGCUAAUGGGAGAGUGGAGAAAGGAAUCAAACCAAUCUGCAGAAAAUCAACUCUUUAAAACAUUAUUGUUGAGGGAUAUUGGACACAAAAUUCAUUUUAACAUCCAUUUAAAAUAGAAUUGCAGUGAAAAAUGAAAAGUUUUCUACUUUAAUAUGUGGAAGUAAUAUGAAGAAAAUGUAAAAACCUUGAAGUACCUCUCAAAGUAUCUUCAACAUGGACACUGAAACUUGUAAGGUUGUGUUGUUAGCAAUUGUAUACCAUAUACUGUACAAUUGUUCCACUCCUUUGGUACAC